UUGGGGGCAAAUAAGGAGCCGAGGACUAUACUGGGGGGCACCGGACUGUACUGGGGGGGCAACAGCACUCGGGAUCUGAACUCAGUGGGGGACAAGGAGCCCAAGUGCCCCCCACUCUGCGCCUAUGUCCUACCGACCCCCAUCAUGUCCCACCGGAGAACUUCCCUGCCCUGUAUCCCCCGAGAUCAGUUAAUGGGCCAUUCGGAAUGGGAACACAAGCGCGGAUCCAGAGGCUCCCAGUCUUCGGGGACCAGUAUCACUGUAGACAUCGCUGUUAUGGGGGAAGCUCACGGGCUCAUCACAGAUCUUCUAGCCGACCCCUCGUUACCCCCCCACGUGUGCACUUCUCUACGGGCCGUCAGUAACCUGCUCAGCACCCAACUCACCUUCCAGCCCAUCCACAAGCCCAGGCUCAGCCCAGUCGUCUCCUUCAAUGACAACUACACGUGUUCUGACUCCGAGGAAGGUUCUGAGAAAGGAGAGAAGAUGACUAUACCCAAGCGCUUACGGAGAAGUUUUCCGACCGGCUUAUUGCGGAGAGUCUCGUCUACAUGGACAACGACAACGUCUGCCACCGGAAUGCCCACCCUGGAACCUGCCCCGGUGAGGAGGGACCGCAGUGGCAGCAUCAAACCCCUAGACCCGUCAUUAUCAAGCAGUAACCCCGACUCCUGGCACAACUCCCUGCUGCUGAAGAGUCGCCCCUACUCUCCGUCUCUUGUCAUUUCUAACACAAACCAUGUGAAUCCAAAAAGGAGGCAGGGUAUCCCUCCCAACAUUUCCCCCCUCACGUCUCCGUGCCAGUCUCCCAUCCAGGGCACCCCGGCCGCCAGCCCAACGGUGAAAACGGGGCCAGUGCAGUUCUCCGAUUGUUCUGAGCUGAGCCGACCCAAUCUGCACAAGGUUCUGAUUUCAUCCAAGAGUGCGCCGGACAUUCCAGAACCGUUGCAGGGCCCCACCCUUGUGUGCACUAGCUGUGGGCGGUCCUACAGUCCUGUGAAUCCCAGCGACGGAGCGUUGAAUCCCAAUGAGGUGCCACAUUCCCAGAACAGAACAGAUGAUCCAACUCACACAACUUCUGACUACGACAGCACCCACGAAACCAACAACAGCGACAGCAGCGACAUCCUUCAGAACGACGACGAGGGAGAUUGCGCCAAAGAUCUUAUGGCGUCCAGAAAGAGCUCCGAUUCCACGUCGUUCCAACCGGAAGCCAUCGCCAUCCACCCACUGAUACACUCGGAGGAAAAAGCCAUUGUGGCUCCGGAACCUCUACUCAUGGAAGAUCUAGAUCCGCUCAUGGGAGAGAUCAACAACUGGAACUUUCCCAUCUUUGACUUAGUGGAGAAGACGGGGCAGAAAUGUGGCCGAAUUCUCAGUCAGGUGUCGUACCGACUUUUCGAGGAUAUGGGUCUGUUGGAAACAUAUAAGAUCCCGUUGAGAGAAUUCAUGAACUAUUUCCAUGCGCUGGAGAGCGGAUACCGGGAUAUUCCAUAUCACAACCGGAUUCACGCUACAGACGUGUUACACGCGGUGUGGUACCUCAGUACUCAGGCCAUCCCGGGGCUCCACAAUGCAGUCAGUGAGCAGGGUUCAGCCAGUGACUCAGACUCCGACAGUGGAAUCACUCACGGCCACAGGGGCUACGUCUUCUCCAAGAUGUACAAUCCUUCUGAUGAUACAUACGGGUGUCUGUCCGGGAACAUUCCCUCUCUGGAGCUCAUGGCCCUGUAUGUGGCUGCGGCGAUGCACGACUACGAUCAUCCGGGGAGAACCAACGCAUUUCUAGUUGCCACUAACGCAACCCAGGCAGUCCUGUACAAUGACCGCUCUGUUUUGGAGAACCAUCACGCAGCUGCUGCCUGGAAUCUUUUCCUCUCGAGGCCGGAGUACAAUUUCUUAGUAAAUCUGGACCACAUGGAAUUCAAGAGAUUUCGCUUUCUAGUGAUUGAAGCCAUCUUGGCCACAGACCUGAAAAAACACUUUGAUUUCCUGGCAGAAUUCAAUGCAAAAGUGAAUGAGGAGGUGGGUCCAGGGAUUAACUGGUCCAAUGAGAAUGACCGUUUGCUGGUUUGUCAGAUGUGCAUUAAGUUAGCUGACAUCAAUGGGCCGGCCAAGUGCAAAGAUCUGCAUCUCAAGUGGACAGAAGGAAUCGUCAAUGAGUUUUAUGAACAGGGCGACGAGGAAUCCAGCCUUGGGCUUCCCAUAAGCCCCUUCAUGGACCGCUCAGCCCCCCAACUUGCCAAACUACAGGAAUCUUUCAUAACUCACAUAGUGGGACCCCUGUGCCAUUCCUAUGACUCGGCCGGACUGAUUCCCGGGAAAUGGCUGGACGAGAGCGACGAGUCUGAGGACACGGAUGAACAGGAAGAUGAAGACACCACCGAGGAAGAGUCGUCUGAACCCUCAGAGUCUUUAGCAAGUAUGUCAUCUCAGAUCUUCUGUUGUUUGAAAGAUGCCUUAUGGGGGAGUAAUUCAGGGAAGGAAAAGAAGUGCAAGCGGAAAAUUUACUGCCAACUCACUCACCAUUUGAUGGAAAACCAUAAAAUGUGGAAAAAAGUCAUCGACGAAGAGCAACGGGAGGAAGGACUGAAGAACGAGCCGUCCAGUUUGCCCAAAAGUUCCGAACAAAUCCAGGCCAUCAGGGAGGAGGAAGAGGAGAAGGGGAAAAGGGAGAAUUCGGACGAUGAAUGAAGAGGAUCAGGACUUGGUCAGGUUGAUACAUAGAAGCCAGCACAAUAUUUAAACACAACACUGUAGAACCAUUGGAGCAACUCGAGAUGUUCCUCUUCCUCCAUCGACUGAGACUUUCCCUGCUCAGAGACAUUGAUUGGCUUCAUCAUCAUCAUCAUCAUCAUUAUGGAACCACAGGAAGCCAGUAUUACAGCAGCACAAAAAUAUAUAGAGAAAUUUUAAACACGGAUAUAUAUAUAUAUGUAUAAUGGUCACUGUGAUACGAAAUUACCAUGUUUAAAGGAACAUGCGCCCCCUAAGCACAUGGUUUGCCAGGUACCCAGUGAGACGGGGGCGCUGGGAAUUCUGCGGGACACGGGUUGUAAAAGCUUUAUCAGAAUUUCAUGUAUCCUGUUUGUGUUUAAUAUAUUACUGACGUUUUGGUACUGAGCGGACCCUGUAGCCCCGCCCACCCCUCGCAGCACGUUGCAUGUGAACAAAGCGCACAUGGAGGAGGAGGAGUUUCUUCUUCUUCUUCACGUUUCUGCCGUGAGCCAAACUUCUAUUUAAGAGCUGACAUUCACUUUCCAUAUUUUAUUUCACCUGUUUGUCUCGCUGUAAAUAAUGGAGAGAUUUUUAUUGGUUCCUGUAGAUACGGAGACUCUUUUUGUAAGAAAAACCCAACUUUUUUUUUGUAUAGAUAUUUUUUUUGGAAUCCCAGACAAAGUUUUGUAUGAGCAAGAAACGAGCGAUCCCAUCAUGCCGAGGGCUUGCUGAAUCCAAGUCUCCAAUGGAGAAAAGCCGCCAAACGUCCCAGGGAAUUAUUUCUGUUGGUGUCAAAGAACUUUCUCCGGAAUUGAACCUUUAUUGGGGGUUAUUUACCCCAAUGUCACCGGCAUUGUCACAUGGGUCUUCAUUUUUAAUGUAAAAAUGCCAAGAAGGGAGCCAGUUGUAUCAGGCAUGACAAUCACCUGUGUUAUGUGAGAAUUAGUUGUCGCCCACAUUCAUGUCUUCCUGUUGUUAUGCUACACUGUAGAGCACCAUUGUAACCUUAAGAGUUCCCAUGCAAUAGGCAAUUCAGGGAACUGGCUGUUCGGAGUGAGUGUUGGGUAUUCUAUGGCCCCAUCAGUGGAAGAGAUCCAACAUGAUGGAGAGACUCGGGCAGGGUUCAUUGGUCACAUGGACAACUGGUUGUUGCAAGGGCACACCUCACCUUCAGGUUCUGCCUAAUUUAUAUACCAAUAGAGGUCUUUCUGGGCACUCUUGGGGUGGUAGAAAGAUGUCAUGCCCAUCACUUUGCCACUGAACAUAGGGACGCGGGAGUUUCUGUGGUUAUUGGUUCUGCUGCUGCCAAGAUCAGGGAUCAGUUGGGGGUUACUUUGCUUCCCAAAUAAAGUGCCACGGGUUGAGCCCCAAAUAAAGCAUUUAACCUCCAGCCCGAAUGUGCCCUAAAUAUUGGCCACGCUGAGGCUCCUCAUGUCUCCGUGAUGCUCGGGACCCCUGAGUUUAUUGCCAAUGGGAACUAUUUUGUCUCAAGUUUAUUGUUUGUUUUAUGAUUUCUACCUGGAAACAUAUGGGUCCCCAAAGAGGUAAGUGGCCUCCUCAGUGUCUGACCCAUCUCCAACAUAUUCUUCCCGCGCCCCACUUGUGCUUCUUACCCACCAAAUCUUGCACUACUUUCCCCUUCUGCCACAGAUUUGCACUUCAGGGAAUGUUAUUUUUCAUAAAAAGAGCCCAAGUCUGGGAUCCCAAGUCCCAGAGUCUCUCCCGGCUCAGUUUGUAUCCAGUGGGAAUGUGGAGCCCAUAGGAUAGUACCAGGGGGUUGCAGUUGGUCAGGAUAUUCAGGCAGAUACCAGUCAUUCCCACUCUUGACCCCUCCUCCAUUCAGUGAUGUUGCCCCACUUACCCCAGAAAUUAGUGCCCCCAGUGCCAUAAUUUCCGCUAUGAGCAGAGAAAACCCUCAAUAUAAAGAACCUGUUGGGUUUCUAUUGGGCAAAACCUGUCGGGGGCAAUCACCAGUAGGAAAGAUUUUCUCAAACUCAUCUUAAACAUAAGAAAUUGUUAUUAUAAGCGUGGGAGUAUCAGUGAUGACAUCAUAGGAUGGGAUCCAUUAACGGAGGAUGUCGUCGAUAUAUCGCUGACUCUGGAUUUGGUUUGUAGUUUCUCCUCUAAAUCACUUGAACCUCCUCAGUGGCAGAUUUCAUGCCUCCCUGGCACUUUCCAUUGGCCACUGAGACCUGGGUGGCACCGAUCCUGUGUCCUGUUCUCUCUCCACUCACUAUGUCUCCUGAUGUAAUGGAAAAUAAAGAGAAGUGCAAUAAUUUUGACAUUU